AAAAGUGUCAAAGUGUGUAGGUUAGUUUACCAGCUACUGCAAGGCAAGCUGUUUGUUAAUUUCUGUAUAUAUUUCAAUUGCUUAAAUAAAAUUACUUCAAUCUUGUAAAUAGGAAAGAAACAUUGCAUUUAUCAGAAUAGAAUGAACUAUAAAAUUUCUUAUGAAAAUGGAGAAUUUAAGUAAACAAAUCGAUGAAAUUGAGGCUCUCUCUGCAAUUUACGGUGAAGAUUGGCAAACAGAAGAUGAGUCUAAUAGAGUAUACAGCAUUAAAAUCAAAGAUAAUGAAAAUUAUGUGAGUUUAUAUUUUAAACUACCGACUGACUAUCCUUCAUCGUCACCACCCUCGUAUGAAAUAUCCGCUCCGCAUCUUGAUAAUUCUAAAAAAAUGCAUCUAAGAAACCUUUUAGAUGAAGCAUACUUAUCUAAUAUUGGCCAAAGCAUACUGUUUCAAUGGAUAGAGGUCGUGCGAGAAGAUCUUCAGGAAAACAAUAACGAAGCAUCGCCAGAUGAAUCAUUAUUGGAUCCUACUUUUGAUCAUUCAAUAGAGAUCCAAGAAAUAUCUCCAAUUCAUUCUGCUAUUGAAAAUGAAUGCCCAAAGAUUAUACAUGGCGAAGUAAUUCUUGAUAGAAAAAGUUCAUUUCAAGGCCAUGCUGCAAUACUUGUAUCAGUCGAGCAAGUUAAGCAAGUUGUCGACAAACUUAUGGAAAAUCGAAAAAUUGCUCAUGCAACGCAUAAUAUAUAUGCUUAUAGAAUACAUCGAGAGGAUUCAAAUUCUUUUAUUCAAGAUUGUGAAGACGAUGGUGAGACUCAAGCAGGAGGAAGAUUGCUUCAUCUUCUACAGAUUGUGGACGCAAAAAACGUGAUUGUUGUGGUGACGCGUUGGUACGGAGGAGUGCACCUGGGCCCAGAUCGUUUUAGACACAUCAAUAAUGCCGCCCGACAAGUGUUAACAGCUGCAAACAUAAUUCCAGAAACUAAAUCUCACAAGAAGUGACAUGUAAUUGUGGGACUUAAAACCAUUUUCAAUAUGAAAUACUUAAUUGCCAAGGUACAUUUCGAAGUUUUCUGUAUUUCAAAAAUUUCACAACAUUUUCUACACAGUAACUAGAUUGAAAUACCACAAUAACUUUCAUCUUUCGCUAUCUACAUGUAUAUUUGUACAAAUGUAUAAAAUGUUAACUCUUGUACACUUGAAAGAUGUGAUAUAUGUAUGCCUAAAUAUCUGUAAAAUAUGUAAAGAUCUAUUGGAAAAUGUAAUUAAUGAAUUAGGGAAAUAAAAUAUUUUUUUG